GUGUCAAGCGCGGAGUAGAUAUCCCAGAGUUCCGUGCGGCGCCGGCCCUUCCGCCGCAGCAGCCAUUGGAGAAGUCCAGCCAUGGCUGUGCGCUACCCCAUGGCCGUGGGCCUCAACAAGGGGCACAAAGUGACCAAGAACGUGAGCAAGCCAAGGCACAGCCGCCGCCGCGGGCGCCUCACCAAGCACACCAAGUUCGUGCGGGACAUGAUCCGCGAGGUGUGCGGCUUCGCCCCGUACGAGCGGCGCGCCAUGGAGCUGCUCAAGGUGUCCAAGGACAAGCGGGCGCUCAAGUUCAUCAAGAAAAGGGUCGGGACGCACAUCCGCGCCAAGAGGAAGCGCGAGGAGCUGAGCAGCGUGCUGGCCGCCAUGAGGAAGGCCGCCGCCAAGAAGGACUGAGACCCCGCUGGCCCCCAAUAAAUAAACCUUUGCUCCCCUCA